CUCGCUUUCCAAACUUUUUUGUAAAAGUGUUCUUUAUCACGACAUCGAAUCUUUUUGUAGAAAUCUGAUAACACUGAAUUACUUGAUGUCAGUGUGUACUGUGUAGGUUAUGCACAAAUUCCCAAAAUUCGCAUAUAACCUCAUUCUGUUGUCACAAACAUUUGUACUGUCAAUUUUAAAACACACAUCGAGAUCAUAUAUAAACGCUAGGAUGGUCUCUCCAACGUACACACAUAUGUUUCAUUUAAUUCCAAAAUCCUAAAAAUGUUACGAAUGGCAUCAGCGACACACCAGACACCGAGGUGUCCGACGAAACCUAUUUCCGCCGCACCAAAUUUAGAAGAUUUUAACUACUUCAUUGAAGAGAAUUCGACACUUGGAAUGGGCUGUAGUGAGCUAAGCGUGGUAAGGGUACAUCGAAUCUCGGAUCCCAGUAAAAUUUACGCUGCGAAAAUCAUAAAUAAGCUCACUACAACGCCUUCUCCCGAGGCGCGCGCGCUAGAGAUGGCGCAAGGACAUCCUAAUAUCAUCAAUUUAGAGCAAAUCAUCGAUACACGUGAUUACCAGUAUAUAAUAAUGGAGUUGGCAACCAAGGGCACAGUGAUGGACUAUUUAGAAAAAUACGGUCCUGUAAGUGAGUCGCUAGCGAAGAAAUGGAUUAGGCAACUGACCAGCGCACUUCAGCACUGCUGUGAGAGAAGAAUAGUGCACAUGGAUAUCAAACCAGCUAAUUUAUUCCUUGACAAGGAUCUCAAUAUAAAAGUUGGCGACUUCGGACUAAUCUCCAUCAGCCAAGACGUCCAUUCACGACCACUGAAGGAGGCGAAGGGCAGCGCUGUGUAUGCUGCGCCGGAGCUAUAUCAUGUACAUCGGAAAGAAGUCAUGGCUUUACCAGUGUUGAUGUGGGCUGUGGGUGUCACAUUACACGCUAUGCUUACAGUUGAGCUGCCGUAUGCAGUGAGUACCUAUCAUCUCCCAAUCGAACAAUAUACUGCGCCAACUUGUCUGUCUAACACGGCACAAGAUUUUCUGACACGCUUGCUUGCGCUACAACCGGAGAAGCGCCUGCAACCGAGCGAGUUACGCGAGCAUCCCUGGCUGCGAGAAGCAGUACCCCUUAUAAGGAUACAUGCCCCCAAGGAACGUCUUAUACGCUCCUGCAGUAGUUUGGCAUUGCAGAUGUAUUGUCACGAUUCGCUACAACAAGACGUACACAACGUCCACGCGAUGGCGGUGCCCACGGGUCGAUAAUUAAAAAUAUCUUGUCAGUCUGUAGUUUGGAAUUCAGAUACCCCAGGUUGCAGUGUAUAAUCUAAACUUGCACACUUACGAGUUAAACCGGCCCAUUUUUAUCUCGUGAAUUUAAAUUGUUCACUCUAGUAGUUGUUACACAUAUCUUGCAGUGAGCACAACAUGCGUCGGGCAUAUUUCAAGAUAUCCUUUUCCGUUAUAGAUUCGUAACCCUGUCAACGAUUGUCUUUAUUGAUUGGUUGAGGAGCCGUAGGAUUCUCUAUCCGGUAAAACCCUUUCAGCAGUUCGAUGCAUUCCUCUGACUGGAAUCCGCCCUCGAAUGGUACUGGUCUGAGUGCACCUGCCUCGUGUUGAAUUGAGAAUUCACUACUUACAGGAGCCGCAACGGAACUCGCCUGUGACAAAAGCAAUAUAUGUCGGUUUUUAAUUGCGAGUACAUAUAUAUAUAUGUUUAUAUAUUUAUAUAUUUAUAUACAUAUAUAUAUAUAUAUAUAUAUAUAUAUGUCUAUAUAAACAUAUAUAUAUAUAUGUAUGUAUAUGUAUAUAUAAAUAUGUGUAUCUAUCUAUAUAUUCCUGGAGAAAACGUCAUAUUCCUGGAGACUCGAACUGGAGAAAACGAACAUACCACAUUGAAAUCGUCGUCGAGCAGACGAUAUAUUGAUUCGGAACCACCAAAGCGUCCAUUUACGCACCCGUAGUACACUUGCUUAAAUUGUAAUAUCCUGAUAAUCAGUGAGGAGUAGACAUCUUAAUAAAAGAGAGGAGGAGACAUCUUAAUAAAAGAGUCACCUAAAAGAGAUCGAUUAUCCGGAAUUACACAACGCAACACUAAUCUGAUUUGUACAUAUGGAGAAGCAGAUAAUAGACAUACCUCAAAGCAGCGGCGCACAUUAUACAUGGUUCACAGGUGACGUACAAAGUAGCUUCUCUAAAUAUGCCACAUUCUUCCGUCUCGU